CCUUACGUCACGUGUUAUAAAUAUGUAUAUAAAAGAGACUAGCUCUGAUUAUCUUCAGUCUUACCAUACAUUCCGUUGCCUACCGUUCGUCUAGCUUAGCCAGGCGCCAUGAAAAUUGUCAUCUCCACCCUCCUCCCCCUCCUAGCCUGUGCUGUGGCAGCAGCUAGGGACCACCACGUCCAUCCUGAGAGACUAUCCGCUCUCUCUCCCAGAACGACCAAAGCCUCAGGCACUGCUUCUUCUUCUCCUUCUUCGGCAGCAGCAGCUGAACGGGCAGCCAUCGCCGAGAGAGUUCACAGCGCAGAGCGAGCAGCCAUUGCUGAGAGAGUCGCCAAGGCAGAGAGAGCGGCACUCGCGGAGAGGUUCGCCAACGCAGAGAGGGCCGCCAUAGUCGAGCGGGUUGCCAACGCGGAGAGGGCAGCGAUUGCAGAGCGAGUGGCCUCAGCAGAGAGGCUAGCUCACGCCGAGAGGCUAGCUCACGCAGAGAGACUAGCUCACACCGAGAGGCUGGUCCACUCUGACAGACAUGCUCACGCUCACAAUGACAGGAUCCCACAUCCAGAGAGGGUCCCACACUCCGAAAGGCCCCAUCAGCAGCACUCAAACAGGAUCACCCACUCUCCCACUCCUAAACAUCACUCAGAGCAUCAUGCGCACUCGGAAAACUCAGCUCACCCAGACAGGUUCCUCCAUCCCGUGGAGAGGCCAGCUCACUCUGACCACGAGCCCCAGCUCGAGAAGUUCCUCCACUCCGACAGGCCGCACAGUCAUCCAACGGCCAAACCAAUAGCCAUUCUCAGCAGCCACCAGAUCACCACCGACGAGUUCGGGUCCCACAGCUCCGCGUUCGAGGCGGAGAACGGCAUCCAGUUCGAGUUCUCUGGCUCGCAGGGGAUCGACGGAGGGGCGAACAUGAUUGGAUCCUACAGCUACCCAAUGGAGGACGGGUCCAUAGCUACGUUCAACUUCGUGGCUGACGAAAACGGUUACCAACCCCAGUCCGACCUCUUACCAGUGGCUCCAGCCUUCCCACACCCAAUCCCACAGUUCGUCCUCGAGCAGAUCGAGUUUGCCCGUCUCCAGGACGAGCGCAAGAGCCUCGAGGGCCACCUGAAUUGAGGAGAUGUUGAUAGUUCUUUAACUGUGGCUGUAUAGAGAGCUCGUAAAAGUACGAUUGGGGGAGUUAGCGGUAUACAUUAUUUAUCCUUUCUGAUUAUUUUUCAAGUAAAGAGAUGUUUAUUUAUCAGUGAUGUAUAAUACUUUGUUAAAAUAUUUAUUUACUUAUUACUUUCUUGAGGCUAUAACUGAUUUUUCAAGUAAACAAAUGAUUAUUUAUCAUAUUUAAUAUUUUCUCAAGAUAUUUAUCCAUUUAUUACUUUCUUGAAGCUAUAACUGGUUUUUCAAGUAAACAGAUAGUUAUCUAUCAGUCAUAUACAAUAUUUUGUUUAAAUAUCUAAUCUUACAAACUUUUUUGAAGUUUAAUUGGCAUAAAAGGCAAUCCGUAUGGUAUGGUGAGAACUUGUAUCUCCAAAUAUAUUCGAAA